AUGGUAAACAUUGAUAGCUUCCCACGAUUUAAGAUAUACCACGGACCACAGAUUUAUAGAUUAUAAACAGAUUAGUGCCUACAUAUUUAGUAUAAAUAUUUCUAUGAUAUUAAUGGACCGAGAGUCCGUGUUGAAAACGAACCAUAUAAUUUUUUAUCAAAUGUCAAUUAUCAACUUACUCUUGUAGUGGAGCGGUUGGAAGUUGGAGUGUUGUAGUGACCGUUCGCAGAUUUGCUCUUUCCCAUACUUCGGUAUGUGUUUGGUCUACGAAGGUUUUUAAACAUCGUAGUGUCAGACUCCAAAACUUUUGAAUCAACCAAACAGAGUGUGUCAAACAGUGCGCUGACUCAAUUUAUUUUGGUCGAAAGUAUUAUCAUGGCUUUGCGAUUCAUAAAACGUACUUACAAUCGAAUGUUUCUCGCCAAAGAUCCGAUGCCACCUUACGCGAGCCAUGUGGUACAAAUCGGUGAUCCCGUACUGCGAAAUAAAGCAUUCCCGGUCCCUUUGGAGAAAAUUGGGACCAAAGAAGUACAAAAUCUUAUUUACAUUAUGAAAUCGCUGAUGAAAAAAUCAAAUCUAAUUGGCUUGGCUGCACCUCAAGUUGGUAUACCGUUUCAAAUAUUUGUAAUUCAUUUUCCGCGUCCAUCCCAUUAUUUUAGCAAAGAAGAGAUAACACUUAAAGGAAUGGAACAUGUUGAAAAUCAGGUUUGGAUAAAUCCUGAACUUAAGGUUUUGAAUCACGAAAAAGUUACGUUCAAUGAAUCCUGUGCGAGCUUUAAGGGUUAUUCAGCAGAUGUACCUAGAUACAAGCGCGUACUUCUAACAGGAAUUGAUGAAAACGGGGAGAAAAAAACUUUAGAUGCAAAAGAAUGGACUGCUCGAAUAGUUCAGCAUGAAAUGGAUCAUUUAAAUGGAGUGAUGUACAGUGAUCGCAUGGUGCUUAAUAGCCUAUGUUGUACAGGAUGGCACACUAUUAAUCAAUUUCAAGGAUUUGUAGAACUUCGGUAUGAAAAUUAAGAAAAUGAUGAAUUCUUAAACAUUUAAUUAUCCAUUGUCCUUUUUUUUUGUGACAAUGAAAGAAAAUUGUUUAUUACCUAGUAAAUAUUUUUUGUUUAAUAAAAAUUCUUUUCAAUAAUUGAUUAUUCAAUGUUUACUAUCUUGUCAUUUUGGCAUGUUUUUUUAUAUAUUCAAGAUAAGCCUGUUUAAAAUGGUAACUUUUAAUUAGUUUAAUUAAUAUAGGACCUUUCAGUUAUUUUAGGAUCAUUCAGUUGUUUAUAAAUGGCAAAUACUAAAAAUAUUUAACAUUAUUUAACUUUACUUUAAUUUUCUUGGUUAGUACUUGAAUGCAAGACAUACUGAUCCAAUUUCUGUGGUAAAUGCUGUCAUUGUCGCAGCAAUAAGCCCAUAGUUAACUGAUUAUUUAGUUAAAACAAAAUUGAUAAUUAUGUAGGUUUACGAUAAAUCUAUUAGCAUAUAAAAUCUAUAUGUUACUGAAGAAAAUUUGAUAAUUAUUGUUCUAUGAUUAUAUUAUAUUGUAUUAUAAUACUUAAACAUCA